CCCGUGCGUUUACCUGGGAACCGCUCACUUCCAACUACUAGUUUAGGGUUCUGGCCACCGCCCCACCCCCUACACUACCGGCAGCCCACGCACACACACCUACUACUCUAACGUCUGUUGGUGGCAAGCCCGUUGUACAUGCCACAUCGCCGUGAGCGUUAUAGCACGACGGAGAUAGCCUGGGCUCAUGCAUCACAGGGUGCCCAAGAUGGAACCUACCUUUUUGGCGAAACCGCACAAUAGCAGCAGCAGCAGCAGGUCGGCGGCCUUGAAAGGGACCUCAAGGCCCGCGGGUAUCACCAACACCUUCCAAGACCUGCAGGCGUCUCUGGUCAGGGCCGGGAUGCGGAGGGCGGGGAUGCCAGCAGCAGCUUCAGCCUGCGUCAAGGCGGAGCCCACCUCAUCUGUCGGGCGCUCUGGAUCAGAGUACCCGUACGUUCCUCCCGCUGCUGUAAGCACGCAGGGGCGAAGCAGCCACGCGCCUUCGGAAGCGCCGCGAAAGUCGGGGCGUGCCGGUGCUUCCACCAGAGCAGCUGCGGCAGUUCCCGCGAAGUGGGUUUGGGGCCAAGGGCAGGAGAAGGAGGAGAAGGAGGAGGUGGAGGAGCCGCAGGACCACCGGCAGACCUUUGCGCCAGUUGCGCAUGAUCUUGGGGGUGACGCCGCAAGCAAUUCAGCACAGCCGGGGAAUAUCGGCGUUUUUCGCAACAAGAUGUUUGCCGAUGCUUCGUCGUCAAGCUUUGAGAGCUCAUGCAGCACCGAGGCGAUGACAGAGUCUACGACCAGCUCUCCCAAGGAUGCUAACUGGGACGCGCCCUUCCUGAGCCGUCUCUCCGACAUGUCCAUGAUGUUUCCGGAGCCCCCGACAAGAACCCCCGGCAAAACGAUGCCAUCAUCCUCCUCGAGGACUUUGACCAUCUCUGGAUUGGGCAAGAACAUCACCUCCAGCCUGCCGUCGGUCCAGCUCCUCAUGCCCCUCCGCUGGCGAAAACGCCUUCGAGCCACAGGGUCCAACAAGCGGUGCCGGAAGUCUACCUCCCGCUGGAUCGCUCGCUCCAAGGCCACCAGCAGCAUGUCGGAGAAAUCGCUCCUCGCCCGAGCGUUGUCGAUGAACGACAACGGCGCUCACCGCGGGAAAGAAGCGGCAGCGGCGGCGGCCGGGGCGAAGCCGAAGCCUUCUUCUUCUCGUGCCGUAGAAUCCACGGCGGUGAUGACGCCUCCUCGGAGACGGGGGGUUUCCAAAGUCGUGGGAGAAACACCUCUGCAGCUGUCCAAGCUCUCCGAAGUGAACGAGCAGCAGGAGGAAGAAGAACGGCAGGAAGAAGUAGAAGAAGAAGCCCACCCUGCUUGCGACCCUCCAUCCGAGCUGCCCACGCCGGUUCCGCACCCGGCAGAGAAGUCGCCGCCGCCCGCGCCCCUUCACACCGCCCCCCGCCCCCCCGCCCCACAGAAGCAGCGGUACAACAUGGCCGCGUUGCUGGCGGCACGCCACUCGUCCCGCCUGCGUCGUCGUGACUGCUUUGCGUCAAGCCCCAGCGCCGCCGGCACGGAACACACGUGCUUCGCCUCGUCGUCCUCGCUGUCGCCACCGUACAUGACGGUUAAGAACCGCUUGGCAUCGUCGUCAUCGUCGAUCUUCGAGGAGGACGGCGACGACAACAAGAAAACCUUGUUCUUGAACCCGUACUCCCGGUCCCCGCUCCCCCCGGCGGCUGUUGCCCGCACCGGCGCGGCUCCCGCCGCGAAGGCCACCGCUGCGAAGAAGAACAAGCCGGGCGCGACCACGCACAACCCCAUGUCGUCCUCCGACUCCUGGGUCUGGGGAGGGAGGAGCUCCAACAACCCCACCAACAAGCCGCAGCAGCAGCAGCAGCAGCAGCAGCAGCGGCACAGCUUAUUCGCCAUGGGGGCGGCGGUGGAUGGGGCAAGGAGGAGGGCGGCGGUGGCGGCGCUUCAGGUAGAGGCGAACCGUCAGUACGGGGACCGGCGAAGGAGGAUGAAGGACGGAGAGUCGGGCAUCUGGCUCCCCUCUCCCGGGAUCUGGUCCUCCGCUCGGAGGCCCACCCCUCUUAACGCGGACCUGUUCUCCGCCUGGUGAUCAUUUUGCGGCGGUCGUGGCAGAGGUUUGUGUAGCAGUGGGCGUACCCGCUGGCACCGACAAUCAAGGCGCCUGUGGCAUGCGAGGAAGGGAGAUGAGGUAAUUGCAGAGGUCGUGGGACACUCAGGGGUCAUCCCCGGGAUUUCGAUGUUCAUCCAAAGGCUGGGAGGAUAACAACCCACCGUUAAGUACGCCGAUCGGCCGGGAUUAAAUUGCCGUGGUAGAGAGUGCCGUCCUCGAGAUGUGGUGCCUACGUCUGCAGGCACGGUGUUCGCGGAAAGAAACGGCCGGUGAUUGCGUGAAUGAAGAAGGGGAUGCUUUGACUUCGGUGUUGCCUGAAGUUUCGUUCGGGCCGGGCGGGUGCCCUGCUGGCGUUUGUUUUUUAUUGGGAGAGGGGAUUCGUAAACGUACCUCGCUGCCGGAGGAUUGUGUUACUUGUUGUCAGGUUCUUGUCUAUCCUGUAUUUUUUUUCCUGGCCUGAUGCAGCUGCAUCUGCCUGUUCCACGCACAAUGGUACCAUGGUAGCUAGGUUUGUUUUGGUAUGAAACGGCUGUCAUGACGCGCAGCAGUCCUAGGCUGCACCUUUCCAUCGAUUUUUUGGUCGUCUGUUUGGCUGAAGGUCGUCAUUACAUGAGAGAGUGGGUUUGUCUUUCCGUGGUUGGUGGUUGUGUGGUCAGCUGUUGCUAGGGGCUCUAGUUACGACGGGUUCAAUCCUUGGCCGGUGUCCAUUUAUGUGGGUGUCUUCGGGUUGAAACUGGUGUCGCUGGUCCUGUUGGGGGGGACUAGAAGCAGCGUCACGUGUGUGUAUGAAAGUGUGCAAAGCACCCUGUCACUGAUCUCAGCAAUAAUUCGAGUUUCCCGGCUGGUGAUGCUCGGAAAGGUGGCGAUGGGUAGUAGCUAGUUUCCUUUGUAGGGUGUGGCACUGUACCAAGGUUUUCGUCGUAAGGUGCGAGGGUAAGUCGUUUUCUGUCGACGGCUUUGUUUCGAAAGUCUGCCGGGAGGGAGCCAAUCGAGUGUCGGCUUACGUAUCAAGCAUAGGAGAUUACACUGCGUUGUUGGGAUUUGACGUAUUACCCCGUGGACGCUGAAGCAAGGCAAUGGCGUUCCUACUAUCCUCGGUGGUGCUAUUGUCACGUUUGGCUUGCACGGCUUGCGGGUUAAGAGUCGCACUAUUCCUAGUACCACCAAGACAAUAAAUGUGUUUGAAACGUCGACUCCCGGCAAAACCUCCCUCGCCUGACGCGGGGGCGGGUUCGUGAGGUCGGAGAAGGUUGUUGGACGGGAGGUAGUUUUGCUUUUGGGCGAUAGUGGGUAGGUUAGGGUGCAUUUCUGUCGAUAUCGUUCAUGUAUCGGGUGUGUUUGUUGGGACACGGAUAGCAGCCAUGUCUCAGCCUUUAUUUUACAAGUUGGCGGUUUGGGGUUGCCGCCGGUUCUCGCCGUACAUGUGGGGGGAGGUUCGUUUCUUGAUGCUUAGUUGGUGGUGUGCUGUUCAUGGGCCUCGUGUAUUUUGCAUGUACCUUGUAUAAAAAUGUGUAAACGCGGUAGUCACCUGCGGGUGAAAAAUUGGGGCACGACACUACACGACGCAUGGAGCGGGUAACUUCUGUUGCGUGUGGCAAGAACGACGUAGUUCGACAUGGUGAGGGUGUGGGUAGACUAGUUGCGCUACUGAUGCGUCUUUAUUUUUGGUUGUUAUUUUUCUGGAAUCAAACUCGAUGAUGUCCAUUGGGAAGAUUGAAGGUUGUCCCAUUUGGCGACGGCUCUCGCUCCCUAACGCUAGCUUGCACACGCGAUGUCGCUUGGUUGGCUCGCACAGAGAUGUUGUGUUUAGGCAAGCUGGAGAAUUCGUGCGGCUUGGCGCGAUGGUGUGAAUGCAGCUGCUGAGUGGAGGCCCCUCUUUGUCAAAGAUUGUCCCUUCUAUGUUUUCGGUAGAUUUUGUCUCGCUGUUUUCUGCAGCUCUGGGUAUUCCCAACCCCAGUUGACGUGUUGUGACAUCGACACUGCUGGUGUUGGGUAUGAAUGAUUUGCUUGCACGUGUCUUUGCCAACGUGGCGUGUGUGCGGAGUAUGUCGUUGGAUAGUACGUCGUGCUUCCUGUUGCGGGAAGGGUUGGUGUUGGAGACUGCUUCUUAUCAUUUGAUAGCUUUAGAGCGAUGUUGUGCUGGGUGGUGGCUAGCCCGCGAUCCGUUCUAGGCUAGCUCGCGAACCAAUUCUCGUCUGGCUUUAUUUUGUUGCUAUAUUGUUGCCGUUGCGUUUACGUUGCUCUGCUUUCCUUACAUGUUGACCUCCGGCUGCUUGUCGGUUUAUCUGCUCUCUUGUCUCUUUCUCAAAUCUGGUGGGCUCCUCUUACGUACCGUGUGUGAAAGGUUUCGUAUAGUUUGGCAGGUAGUAGUCCAUAGGGUUAGAGCUGUGGUCCCAAGGGUUUGAUUACGAGAUGAUUCACCCGGUAUUUUAUCUUUCAUCUUUUAAGGCGUUAUUCCCUCGUUCGUCCGUUUACAUGCCAGGAGCUGUACGCUUGGCAUAAAAAGGAUUUUGCAGCGAGGGUCGGUACAACGUGACAUUGAUUCUCGGUCGCUUGGUCGCUCGGUGGGAUUCGUUCGUCCCUUCCCAAAUGUCGUGUUGUCCUUGCGUGCCGAAUGUGUUCCUCGUCUCUUUUGAAUUGGCUUGGCCUUAGACAUCUUUGGUCCUUCCUUGUGUCGAGGUGUCUGUCGACUGUCAUCGUUUUUUCUUGAAGUCUUCUUCCGUGCUACUUCGUAGCGUAGUUUGAAGAGGGUUGACUCGUGAACCUUUUCUCGCAUGUGUUGCAUUGGUUGCCGUACUGAGAAUCAGGGCGCACCAAUCAAUAGUUCCCUAAAUGACGAAGAGGAAGAAAUAUUAUUUUCUUUGCUAUAAUUGUAUGUAGCGAAAACAUGAAAAAUAAACACGUU